AUGAACAACAUCGACGACGAAUAUGAUCGUGAAGCCGAUUUUUCUCCAACACUCUCGCAUAUCAGAUCCAUUUCGAGCUUAGAACGUUUCAUUCGUUCACUUCGAGUUUGUUCGAGUUAUUCGAACUCAGAGUCUGAGAUUAAUAACAUGUCGUGGGAAUCAGGGGAUUUUCUCCGCUAUGGCGGACCGCAAAUCGCCGAGAGCGAUAUUGACGAAGAAGAGGCAAAGAAAUUGGCAGAACGCAAUCGCAAGAAAGAGGAAGUGCGUAAACGACUUGAGGAAGCCUCAAGGGCCAAAAAGGCCAAAAAAGGUUUUCUCACACCUGAAAGGAAGAAGAAGCUCAGAAAACUUCUUAUGAUGAAAGCAGCUGAAGAUCUGAAACAGCAGCAGAUGCUGAAGGAGCAGGAAAGGCAGCGUAUUCUCCAGGAGAGAAUAAUUCCUCUGCCAGACCUCGAUGAAAGCGAUGACCUCGAGGGUGUUUACAAUCAGAUGCGCACACGUCUGAUUGAUUUGGAAAGCGAAAACUAUGACAUCUCUUACACCGUUCGACAGAAAGACUUCGAAAUCAACGAGUUAACGAUUGCCGUGAAUGAUCUUCGCGGAAAAUUUGUCAAGCCAACACUAAAGAAAGUGUCCAAGACGGAGGGUAAAUUCGAUAAACUAAAGAAGAAAGAAGCGGCGAAGGUGGAUUUCCGUUCCAAUCUGAAAACCGUCGACAAGAACCAGUUUGCAAUGGAGGGGGAAGCCAAGGAGAAGGCGAAGGCGGAUUGGGCCAAAUAA